AUGGCUGCUUCAGUGGAAAUGACCGAAGCUGAUCAAAUUAAAACGUUCAAGGACUUUCUUGUUCAUUACAAUAAGUUAUCGGAGUUGUGCUUCAAUGAUUGUGUUCAUGACUUUACAUCCAGAACUUUAAGAUCAACUGAGGAAAAAUGCAUUGCUAAUUGUAUGGAUAAAUAUUUACGGACAAACCAGAGGGUGUCACAAAGAUUCCAUGAAUUCCAAAUGGUUGCUAACGAGAAUAUGAUGGCUUUAGCUCAAAAAUCUGGAAAUCCUAGCUAA